GAAACAGAGACAUGACACAGGGGCUGUAGAACUGAUAGGCAUUUGAAAUGAAUAUGUGUUUAGUGUGUUAAUCAGAGGAUAUCUAUUUCGCUGCUAGUUGGAAAGAUCACCGUGAAGUCAACACUCGCCGAGGGUCACAUGGUCGGUCAAGGAAGAGAGCGUCGCAGCUGUUUCCAACACAAACUCAAGGCGUGCACGGAUCCCUUUGCGUUUGUGACCAAGUGGAUUCGCUUUGACAAUCUGUGCACUACAGUUCAAUUGUCCCACUACGAACUUUGCUUAAGUUCUGUUCAGUCUUUAUUCGGCCAGGGGAGCUCAAUAAAUGAUAAUCCCAUACUUUGAGAACCACAACAUGUUACUCUUUUAAAGUUUCAGUUCAGUGCACAGAGAAUCAAAAGAUUGGACUUUCUGCUGAAAAGAGCAACUCUGGAUUAGGAGGCUGAUGAAUUCUCUAAUAUAUGUUUUUAUUAAUUUGGCUGAUGAAUUCUUGGAGCACGUGUUGGCCUUGAAAUUAUUUUUUUAAGAUCUAACAGAUCCCCUUGUUUCAUUGCCUGCGUAAAACGUGCGUCAUCGGUGCAGCGGUGUUUUUGAACAUUACUUCUGUUAAUAUGUAUUACUUAAACGUGAAAAUCACGGAUACAACCAAAGCCCUCAAACAAUUCACUUGCCAGUGAUUCCUAGGUUGCUGGACGUCUAGCGUCCUUUUCUGUCCCACGCGUAAAGUGAACCAUGCUUUCGGGGAAGCAAAGACUCUUCACACUUUAAUGAAGCAAGACGGCGAGUGAGAGUGAGUAAGGGGAGAAAGAGAGUGUGGGAGGGUGGGAGAGCCCUCCCCCCGACAAAUGUCUCGAUGGGAUCCACUCCUUCAUAACCCAACUCUUUUCCAGCCUCGCGCAGAUGGCCAAAGUGUCCAAACUGGACGGUGAAUCAACCCCAACGCCCGCAGGAUGAUGAGAUGAGAGCAGAUUAGAUAAUAAACACUAAACCCACUUAUCAGUUUUAGUUAGUGUACGGUAAAAGUCAAAGAAGCCAAACACCCUCAGGCUAGAGAGCACUUGGCUUCAUGUGAAUGUCUGCCGGUCUCCCAGCGCAGAGCGCUGGUGAUGCCAUGCCGCGAAGUCACACCGGCGAGGAGAGCAGCGGAACCGGACUCUGGCUGAAGACCUCCACGGGACGCCGGGUGCAGGACUACGCGCUGAAAGAUGUGGAGUCUGGUCGGAGGACGAUGAAUAACGCUGUGCGAGUCGGGGACGGUCUCCUGUCUCCCACCUCGGCAGGUGCGGUGGGAGCGGAAAGGAAGCAGGGCGCCCGGCUCAGCCUGCUUGGGAAGCCGCUGACCUACAGCGCGCAGAGCGGCCGCCGGAACGCGCGCUACCGGCGCCUGCAGAAUUACCUCUACAACGUGCUGGAAAGACCAAGAGAGUGGGCUUUUAUUUACCACGCCUUUGUGUUCAUCCUGGUGUUCGGAUGUCUAGUUCUCUCAGUGUUUUCCACCAUCCCUGCUCACCAGGAGUUCUCUUCACACUGCCUGCUCAUCCUGGAGUUUGUGAUGAUUGUAGUGUUUGGUCUGGAGUACAUCAUCAGGAUAUGGAGCGCUGGCUGCUGCUGCCGCUACCGAGGCUGGCAGGGACGCCUCCGCUUCGCAAGGAAGCCGUUCUGUGUCAUAGACAUCAUUGUACUCAUCGCCUCGGUUGCCGUGGUUUCAGCUGGUAGUCAGGGUAACAUCUUUGCUACAUCUGCGCUGCGUAGCCUUCGUUUCCUUCAGAUCCUGCGCAUGGUGCGCAUGGAUCGCAGGGGAGGGACCUGGAAGCUGCUGGGAUCUGUAGUUUAUGCACAUAGUAAGGAGCUGGUGACGGCCUGGUACAUCGGGUUCCUUGUGCUGAUCUUUUCCUCUUUUCUGGUCUAUCUGGUGGAGAAAGAGUUUAAUAAAGAUUUUGCCACCUAUGCUGACGCUCUGUGGUGGGGCACGAUCACCCUGACCACGAUUGGCUAUGGUGAUAAGACCCCGCAGACAUGGACUGGACGGCUAUUAUCAGCUGGUUUUGCUCUGCUGGGGAUCUCCUUCUUCGCUCUGCCGGCUGGUAUCCUCGGGUCAGGUUUUGCCCUGAAGGUGCAGGAGCAGCAUCGACAGAAGCACUUUGAAAAAAGGAGGAAUCCAGCUGCAAGCCUCAUCCAGUGUGUCUGGCGUAGUUAUGCUGCUGAUGAGAACUCGGUUUCCAUUGCUACCUGGAAGCCUCAUUUGAAGGCGUUGCAUACCUGCAGCCCCGCCAAGAAAGAGCAGGGAGAGACUACUUACAGUCAAAAGUUAAGUUUUAAGGAGCGGGUCCGCAUGGCGAGUCCUCGUGGUCAAAGCAUGAAGAGCAGACAGACAUCCAUCAACGACCGCCAACGCUGUUCCCCUGGCAACGAGGUUGGGGGCGGUGCCGAUCUGAUAGGUGGCAGCCCUGCCAAAGUGCAGAAGAGCUGGAGCUUCAACGAUCGGACACGGUUUAGGCCGUCACUGAGACUAAAGAGCCAGACUCGCACUACUGUCCCAGAUGUGGAUGCAGGCAUGACCACAGAGGAUUCCUUUGAUGAGAGAGGCUGCCACUGUGAUGUUACAGUGGAGGAUCUGUCUGCUCCGCUCAAGGCUGUCAUCAGAGCUGUCAGGAUCAUGAAGUUCCACGUGGCAAAAAAGAAGUUUAAGGAGACAUUGCGUCCGUAUGAUGUGAAAGAUGUUAUAGAGCAGUACUCUGCAGGACACCUGGACAUGCUCUGUCGCAUCAAGAGCCUUCAGACCAGGCUAGACACUGUAGUGGGUCCCCCUCCAAGGCCUUUCAGCAAGCGCCACAAGACCUUUUCCUCUCCCUCCCUGCAAUUAUAUUACAGCCAGGCUCGGAGGAAACAGUCUCCACAGGGAGUGGAUCAGAUUCUGGGAAAAGGCCAGAUUCCCGUGGAUAAGAAAAUGAGGGACAAACUGCACCCAGAUGGAGAUUCCCUGGAGGGGAUGAGCAUGCUGGGACGUGUGUGUAAGGUGGAGAGGCAGGUAACUUCCAUUGAAUCAAAGUUAGACUCCUUGCUUGAUGUUUACCGCCAAGUGCUCCUGAAAGGCCCAUCAGCACUGAGCCUCUCCUCGCUUCCCUUGUUUGAGCUGGACAACCACCAGCGCCACACCUCGGACUACCAGUCCUCCAUCAUAGGCAGAGAUCUCCCCUCGCCACAGGAAGGGGAUCACAUUGGAGGCAGAAGAGAUAGCAAUGGGGUAAUACGUCGUUCUCUUAGUGCCAAUCCGAAAGGCCUGAGGCUAAUCCUGGCACCUGCUGAUGAUGACUGUCCCCCAGACUCAGCACCUCCAUCUUACCCCCCAUCCACAGCCUCACUCUCCCCGUCACCCCUUCUGCCUCCAGACAGCCCCUACCCGACGUUAGUCACACCUAAUGGAACCUCAAAGAGAGCACACUUCCCUGACCUGCCUCCCCCGCCUCCCUCAUCAGGAGGCUUCACCCUCCGCCUGCCCCCCAUGGUGCACCCCUCCCACCUCCGAUGCCCUGCUGACCCUGUCGCAGAUAUGACGGGUGAAGUGGUGGUGAAUGAGGGGAGCCUGGGUCCCUCUCUUGUCAUUGAGUCCAGUUCAGAUGCAGACCAUGAGGGGGACAGUGAGGCAGACUUGGUGAAGCUGCGGGAAAAGCCUGACUUGACAUCUGAGGGGAUCUGGAGGAGGCACAUGAGCCUGGAGGUUAAUCCGCUACUGCUGCUCUCGUCCAGCCCAGACGGGGUGCCUUCAGACUGGGGGGGCGGACUUGGGAAAUCCCUCUCUGUGCACAAUCUCAACCAGCCUUUGACCAACCGUGCCCCUGCUCUGUCGUCAGGGCUCAACAACAGCAGUAGCAGCAACGGUAGUGAAGGUGGAAAUAACCACGGGGACCUUAGCAACUGGGAUGGAGCAGAACUCUUCCUCAGUGAGUGCAAAACUGAGCCAGAGGAAGAACACUUCAACUUCAUGUCCCAGGAGCCUGGCAGCGGCUCCUCAGACCUUUUACAGACUGCGGAGGACGCAGCAUCUCACCCCAAAGGAAAAACAGAUUUCCUCAGUCAGUCCCAACACUUACAGCUGACAUAACCACAAACUCACACUCAAACACACCACUGUUGGAGAAGCCACUUUUAACAUUUUUUACAAGACAAGAGAAAAUCUGUUUUGCAAAUAUCAAGUUAAUGCCUUGUUUAUGGACUUAAUGACAUUACUUUUACUUUUUUUUAUUCGAUUGGGUCCGCUCUUAUAAAAACACAUUUUGUUAUGCUCUA